AUGCCAGGGCGCGCGCGAGGCGCGCCACCCUUGGUGCACCUGCGGGACCACUCCGCGGAGGCCGCGCCCGGCAGGCGCCUGUCCGCCGUCAGGACGCGCGCGCCCACGGCCGAGGCCGCCCUGGCCCACGAGUUCUUCGUCGACCUCGGCACCAGCGCCGGGAGCGACUGGCAGGUGCAGAGCCCUCAG